AUGCUAAUAAUUCAAAAUAAUCUUUUCGUUUGGUCUGAAAGUUCUGAAAAGAUUAUUAGUAAAAAAUUUAGUGAAUUAGUACUUAUGGAAUAUAUCUGGAGCUUUUUGGAAAGAGAAUGGGUUAAUGCUGCAGACAAAUCUAUUUUAGAUUCUCAAACAAAAUUUGAUGAAGCAUCAAAUAAAGUCGGUAAGGCUUUGAAAAAUGCUGGAGGCUUUUUAAAUGAUCUUACUAGAAACGAACCUAUUGCAUUACCACAUACUUUGUGGUUUGGAAUAUUAGAUCUUGCACAAAAUCUUAUCCAAAGAUCAUCUCAAAUAGCAACAUAUGGUCUUUGUUAUUAUUUAGCAAUUGAAUCACUUAAUAAAGCACCAAGUAGUUUUAUUCAGUUUAAAUCUAUUGAAUUAUUAUUACAUUUAUAUAAUAUUGAUAAAAAAAUGUUUUCAAUGAUUGAAAUUGAUUUUGAUCAAUACACACAAAAAUUAAAUAAAAAUAAUUUGGAAGAUUCUUUAGAAAAAUUUCGAAAUUUAUUAACUUUUGUCAAAGAGAAAUAUAAUGAAGAUUUAAAAAUUUUAAGUAAUAAUAUUGGAAAAGGAAAAGAGGGAAAAGGAAAAAGUUUAAAUCAAAAUUCUUAUUUAAAGAAAAAACAAACAUCAAAUUCUAACAUUUUAGAUGUUAUAGCAGAAGAAAUAACUUGUCCAAUUAAUAGUGAACCAACUGAUCAAUUAUGUAUUUUAAAAUGCCAACAUAUAUUAGCAUUAAGCAAUUUAAAAAAAUUAAAACAAAAAAUAUGUCCUAAUUGUCGGGAAAAAAUUGAAGAUAAUGAUAUUAGAUAUUUACCACAAAAUUCAAUUUAUAAGAAUUUAUAUACAAAAUUUUUUGAAUCUGGACAUAUUUUACCUUCAAUUGAAUUAAAAAAUUCCGAUCAACUAUAUGACAGUGAUGAUUCAGAUAAUUCAGAAGUUGAACUUAUAUUAACUAAAAAAAAGAAAUUUACGAAUUCAAUUAUUAAAUUAAAUUCAAAUAUAUCAUCAUCAUUACUUUCAAGAAUUACAAAAAAACAACAUCCAACAUAUCAAAAUAUUAUAAAAGAAAUAAAUGAAAAACAUUAUGAAAAAGCUGAAUCAUUAUGUAAAGAAUUUUUAAAUUUUUUUCCUAAAAGUUAUUCUUUAAGAUGUAUUUUAGCUUAUAUUUAUAGAUGUCUCAACAAUUAUGAACAAGCACACUUAUACUUAGAAGAAGCUAUUAAUUUAAAUCACAAAAAACCAGUUGCUUAUUUUAUUUAUGGAGAAAUAUAUUUUAGACAAAAUAAAUAUAAUGAAGCUAUAGAUAAUUUAAAAAAAUCAUUAGAAUAA